ACUUCCGCCCCCUAGAGUUCUUCAAGCCUAGUACACUUUUCGUUGUUUAUGUUUUGUACAGCAACACAUUUGGACUUUGAAACGCUGGUGUCUGUGAGGCUUGGAUAGCCUGAACCACAAGUACCCGGCCAAAAAAUAAAGAUAUGUUUUGAGUGAUAUUGCACAAUACUGCUCAGAAUGAACAGCGAGGAAGAGUUCUACGAUGCUGAGACAGGUGGAUGCAUGCUUUAGAAAUGUCUUGAAUCAGAUGAUGACUCUUGUGAGGUCAAUUUUGAAGAUGCCCAAGUGUAUGACAGCAAGCAUUCAUCCAAUGCCAGCACACCUCAGGAAAAUGGAGUGUGGGAGCGCAGGAAAACCCUGCCUGCUCCAAUGAUCUCCAGACAUGACUACAGUGUAUGGGGCAUACUAAAGAAAUGCAUUGGCAUGGAGCUGUCCAAGAUAACGAUGCCCAUCGUGUUCAACGAGCCCCUGAGUUUCCUCCAGAGAAUGUCAGAGUACAUGGAACACACUCACCUCAUCCACAAAGCCUGCACCCUGUCAGACUCCAUAGACCGCAUGCAGGUGGUAGCUGCUUUUGCAGUUUCUUCUGUGGCAUCUCAAUGGGACAGAACUGGAAAGCCAUUUAAUCCUUUGCUGGGAGAGACCUAUGAACUCACACGUGAGGACGAGGGGUACAGGUUGAUCUCAGAACAAGUGAGCCACCAUCCACCUAUCAGUGCCUUCCAUGCCCAGUCUCUGAAGCAGGAGUUUGAGUUCCACGGCUCCAUCUACCCCAAACUCAAGUUCUGGGGCAAGAGCGUGGAGGCGGAGCCUAAAGGCACCAUGACACUGGAGCUGCUCAAACGUAAAGAGGCGUUUACAUGGACAAACCCUCUCUGCUGUGUACAUAACAUCAUCAUGGGCAAACUCUGGAUUGAGCAAUACGGAACUGUGGAAAUAGUCAACCACAACACGGGGGACAGGUGUGUGUUGAACUUCAAGCCGUGCGGCAUGUUUGGGAAAGAGCUGCACAAAGUGGAGGGCUACAUUCAGGAUAAGAGUAAGAAGAAGCGACGUGUGCUGUAUGGGAAGUGGACAGAGUGUAUGUACAGUGUGGCGCCUAAGGUGUAUGAAGCCAACAAGAAGAAGGCAGAAAAGGGAGAUGCUAAGAAAAAUAAACCGGAGCAAAGUGCUGGAAAACAGGAGACUGAAGAUAUGCCUGGGGUUCAAGAGACCGUCUCUGUGAUAACAGGAAGUGCCUUACUAUGGAGAAUAACCCCACGACCUGCACAUUCUGAAGAGAUGUAUAACUUCACCAGCUUCACCAUGACACUGAAUGAGCUGGAGCCUGGUAUGGAAAGGCUGUUGGCACCCACAGACUGCCGUCUACGACCUGACGUCAGAGCAAUGGAGAAUGGAGACCUGGACACAGCAAGUGUAGAGAAGGACAGGCUAGAGGAAAAACAGAGAGCUGCACGCAAGGAAUGUUCCAAGGAUGAAGAAGAGUGGUCAACCAGGUGGUUUCGGUUGGGAACAAACCCUCACACAGGAGCCCAGGACUGGCUGUACACAGGGGGAUAUUUUGAUAGAAAUUACACAGAAUGUCCCAACAUUUACUGAUGGGGGUAGGAGGCACUAGGAAGGGUUUCCAUCACCACCCAUAGUGGAUUGAUGUAUGCCCGAUGAUCCCGUUCGUUCUCAGCCUUAGAAUGUUAGGCAGCUGAGCCCACAAUUAUUACAGUUUUCCCAACCUAGACAAACCUCUCCCGCAAUACAACAAUGGAAUCAAGAAAUGAAUAUGUACAGUACGGAGAAUAAGUAUUUGAUACACUGAUGAUUUUACAGGUUUUCCUACUUACAAAGCAUGUAGAGGUCUGUAUUUUUUAUCAUAGGUACACUUCAACUGUGAGAGACGGAAUCUAAAACAAAAAUCUAGAAAAUCACAUUGUAUGAUUUUUAAGUAAUUAAUUUGCAUUUUAUUGCAUGACAUAAGUAUUUGAUCACCUACCAACCAGUAAGAAUUCCGGCUCUCACAGACCUGUUAGUUUUUCUUUAAGAAGCCCUCCUGUUCUCCACUCAUCACCUGUUUGAACUCGUUACCUGUUUAAAAGACACCUGUCCACACACUCAAUCAAACAGACUCCAACCUCUCCACAAUGGCCAAGACCAGAGAGCUGUGUAAGGACAUCAGGGAUACAAUUGUAGACAUGCACAAGGCUGGGAUGGGCUACAGGACAAUAGGCAAGCAGCUUGGUGAGAAGGCAACAACUGUUGCCGCAAUUAUUAGAAAAUGGAAGAAGUUCAAGAUGACUGUCAAUCACCCUCUGUCUGGGGCUCCAUGCAAGAUCUCACCUCGUGGGGCAUCAAUGAUCAUGAGGAAGGUGAGGGAUCAGCCCAGAACUACACGGCAGGAACUGGUCAAUGACCUGAAGAGAGCUGGGACCACAGUCUCAAAGAAAACCAUUAGUAACACACUACGCCACUGGUGUCAAACUCAUUCCACGGGGGGCCGAGUGUCUGCGGGUUUUCGCUCCUCCCUUGUACUUGAUUGAUGAAUUAACAUCACUAAUUAGUUAGGAACUCCCCACACCUGGUUGUCUAGGGCUUUAUUGAAAGGAAAAACCAAAAACCUGCAGACACUAGGCCCUCCGUGGAAUGAGUUUGACACCCCUGCACUACGCCGUCAUGGAUUAAAAUCCUGCACCGCACGCAAGGUCCCCCUGCUCAAGCCAGCGCAUGUCCAGGCCCAUCUGAAGUUUGCCAAUGACCAUCUGGAUGAUCCAGCGGAGGAAUGGGAGAAGGUCAUGUGGUCUAAUGAGACAAAAAUAGAGCUUUUUGGUCUAAACUCCACUCGCCGUGUUUGGAGGAAGAAGAAGGAUGAGUACAACCCCAAGAACACCAUCCCAACCGUGAAGCACGGAGGUGGAAACAUCAUUCUUUGGGGAUGCUUUUCUGCAAAGGGGACAGGACGACUGCACCGUAUUGAGGGGAGGAUGGAUGGGGCCAUGUAUCGCAAGAUCUUGGCCAACAACCUCCUUCCCUCAGUAAGAGCAUUGAAGAUGGGUCGUGGCUGGGUCUUCCAGCAUGACAACGACCCGAAACACACAGCCAGGACAACUAAGGAGUGGCUCCGUAAGAAGCAUCUCAAGGUCCUGGAGUGGCCUAGCCAGUCUCCAGACCUGAACCCAAUAGAAAAUCUUUGGAGGGAGCUGAAAGUCCGUAUUGCCCAGCGACAGCCCCGAAACCUGAAGGAUCUGUAGAAGGUCUCUAUGGAGGAGUGGGCCAAAAUCCCUGCUGCAGUGUGUGCAAACCUGGUCAAGAACUACAGGAAGCGUAUGAUCUCUGUAAUUGCAAACAAAGGUUUCUGUACCAAAUAUUAAGUUCUGCUUUUCUGAUGUAUCAAAUACUUAUGUCAUGCAAUAAAAUGCAAAUUAAUUACUUAAAAAUCAUACAAAGUGAUUUUCUGGAUUUUUGUUUUAGAUUCCGUCUCUCACAGUUGAAGUGUACCUAUGAUAAAAAUGACAGACCUCUACAUGCUUUGUAAGUAGGAAAACCUGCAAAAACGUCAGUGUAUCAAAUACUUGUUCUCCAAUAAGGAUUUAAUUCCCAUUUUGCAAAUGACAAAGGGAAAAUUUGAGCAUUGUGAAAGCCUUAAAAUCGAGGCUAAGGCGGUUAGAUAAGAGAAUAUUCAGUCUUCCUAAAUGGCCUGGGCCGCCUGGCUAAUUAACUGGAAGAAUCCCACUCAUCUCUGAUGGUUUUAUUUAUUGUACCCAUGGCUUUAUAAAACUAUAUCCGAUAAUGUGACAUCUGUGGUGGUGGCCAUUAUUCAGCAGUGGAAUAAUGUACUAUGCUCUGAUCGACAUACAUUAUCAUGUUGAGCUAGGUUGGAAGGAGGAGUUUGUACAUACUCACUGUACAAACACAGUUACAUUCAAAUAUCAGGCUUCAUUCAUAAGUUGUGUGAGUAUUAAGACUUUUAUUUGAGAUGUUUCUAAAACAUGAUGUGCACAUUGUUAACGUGCUGGUUCAUUCUUAAAUAUUAAGGAUUUUAACGUGUUGUUUUGUGACUAGAAGUCUAGAACUGAAAGCUGCUAAUGACCAUGUUUAUACUAACUUAGUAAACUAAGUAUUAUUUGUAAAUGAUUGUUAUGGCAUUGAAAACUGUAACAAAUGCAGAUGAUAAUUUGGUGUGUGUGUGUGUGUGUGUGUGUGCAUGGUCACCAAAACAAUUCUUUACACAAACGAAAGCCAUACAACACUUGAAAGAUUGUUUUUCCAAGUCGCACCCCCUUUUUCAUUACGUAAAGCUCUGGUAUUGAUCACAGCAACAUGAAAUAAAAUGGAGCACCUUUUAAAUGUCA